UCACUAAGAGAAAAACAUGGGAAAGGUGUUUUCGAAAUCAGCUCCUCCUCCCACUGCCCCUACACCAGGCAAAAAGAGGUAAUUUUGAAAGAAUUGGAAGAAUUUAAGCCAAGUUCAGAAUUCCUCAGAAUUCUGCUGCAUGGACCAACUGGAGCAGGGAAGUCAUGCUUCAUCAAUUCUGUUCAGAGGAUCCUAUUAAAUCGCAAUUUCAUUGGUGCUCAUGAACAAACAACACGAAGUGGAACAAGCUUCACUCUUGGAAUCAAAACUCACAAGCUGAAGAAGCGUUUGGGUGGACAUUGUCCUUUUGUUUUCACUGAUAUCAUGGGCCUUGAGGCAGAGGAAUCUGGUGGGAUAAAACCUGAAGAUGUCAUUGAAGUAUUAAAGGGACACAUAUUAGAUGGCUACACUUUUAAUCCUGUGCAGAGUAUAACUAAGGACCACAAGAAGUACAAUAAAAAUCCAAAACUAUGUGAUAAAGUUCACUGUCUGGUGAGCAUUGUUCCUGCAGAUAAUCUCUCAAUAAUGAAUAGCAAAGUGAUUGACAAAAUGAGGACAAUUCGACAGAAAGCCACAGAGCUGGCCAUACCACAAGUGAUUGUGUUGACCAAAGUGGAUCAAACAUGCAUGAUGGUCAACGAAGACUUGAGAAAUAUCAGUCGCAGUAAAAAGAUCAAAGAGAAGGUACAGGAGUGCAGUAAUAUACUGGGCAACUCCCCAAACUCCAUCUACCCUGUGAAGAACUACCAUGCAGAGACCACCCAAGAUGACGACACUGACGCUCUCAUCCUCAUGGCACUGAGGGAUAUUGUCAACUUUGCCAAUGACCAUGUGGAGGAUCAGCUGGGAACAGAUAACAUGUGAUAAAUCACACGUGCCCACUGUGACACAAGGAUUCACAUUCAAAUACUUUUACUUCUAUUUACUAUAUACUAUAAUUUAGUUUUAAGCAGAUAAAUUCUUUCAGCGCAAGUUACUUGAAGGUCAGCAGAUCUUCCCAACGAAUCUUUCGGUUAUUGGUGUAACUAAAUCUGUUUCAUUCUAGCCCUGAACAUUUAUUACUUAGCCCCAAACUUUUUCUUCUUCCUUAAGCUUUUGUUCUCUCUUUUUUAAAUAUAUGCAAGCCUUGUUCAUUAUCCGUGUUGAUAAGAAUUAUCCAUCCUGCCAUACAUCUUAAAAAACUGCUUAAGCCUAA